AUGUCGCUCUACGACCGGAAGCAGCAGACCUCGGCUCCGUCCGAGAGGGCAAUGGACAUCCUUUGGGCAGGGGAGGGUGGGUUAUCGUCCGACGCUCCUCCCCUCGAGGACGAAGUACUUGAGCUCAAGAUCUUCUUCUUCUCUACCGCUAUCAACGUGACAAAGCCUCUGAAGAUCGUGUCGCGCGUACAGGCCAAUAAUCAAGAGGGGCAGGUACCGGAGUUCCCAACCCGGAAGUAUCAAGAGGCGCCUCUCUUCGAGUCAGCGCUUAGCGAUCGACUCAACUUUGAGGAACGUUUGGCUGUAGCAGUCACGCCCACCCUCGCGCGUUUACGUUCUACCGCCAGGGGACAGACACUUGUGCUGCGUGUAGGAUAUGUUUGA